AUGCAUCCUUAUGGACAAGUUACUAUUACUUCUCAUCACUUCAACAAGCUUUCUUACAAAUACUAUGGUCCUUAUCUUAUCACUAAGAGGAUUGGUCCUGUGGCUUGUAAACUAGCUCUUCCUCCUGAGGUACUUAUUCAUUUAACAUUUCAUGUGUCCUUACUGAAAUUUUGUCAUGCUUUGCCAGAGAAAAUCAGUCAUCCUCCAGUCUUAGACCUUUCCAAUCCUUUUUGUCCUCAACCUGUCAAGAUCCUCAGUAGAAGAAUGGUUCAGAAACGUAACAAAGCUGUUUCUCAGUGGGAAGAUGUUAACAAGUUGAAGAUCAGAUUUCCUUCCUUGAUGGCAAGGAAGUUUUUCAAGGAGGAAGUAAUGAUACGUUUUAGAGGGAUUGUACAUCAGGCUUGA